AGGCAAGUUUCAGGGCUCCUUGACUGGGUCCCAUUCCCUACUCUGGGGCUCUGGGAGUUUGUCCUGGGAAUCUCGAGGCUCUCCCAAGGUUCCUUUCUAUGUUUAUAUCAUUUAUCAGGGAAAGGAUUGUUAAUGACUAAUCUGUGUUCAUGAGGCACAGAGCCAAGGAAGAGAUGUUGCUGCUGAGCCGGAAGGCCGCCUGUGAUCAUCUACAGCUUUUGCUAGAACUCUCCCCUCUUCCUCCUCCUCCUCACCCCACUGUCUCCUGGACUCACCCCAAUGCAAACCCAGGUUCUGAACAUUUGUAGCAGAAUUGCUGCGAUUUGGAGGAAGACUGGACUCAGAAUCCUCCCAGGGCCUUGAAAGUUCAUCUCUGACCUGAGACAAUCCAAAGUUUUCUUUUGAAGACUACCGUAACAAAGGGAUAUUUUAAAUAGAACUUUGGAUGGGAUCAAAAAUGAAUCUCAUCGAACACUCCCACUUACCUGUCACGGAUGAAUUUUCUCUUUCUGAAAAUUUAUUUGGUGUACUAACAGAACAAGCAGCAGGUCCUUUGGGACAGAAUCUAGAAGUGGAACCAUACUCACAAUACAACAAUGUUCCAUUUCCCCAAGUUCAACCACAGAUUUCCUCAUCGUCCUAUUAUUCCAACCUGGGUUUCUACCCCCAGCAGCCUGAAGAGUGGUAUUCUCCUGGAAUAUAUGAACUCAGGCGAAUGCCAGCUGAGACUCUUUACCAGGGAGAGAUUGAGGUAGCAGAGAUUCCUGUAACAAAAAAGGCUCGAAUGGGUACAACAACGGGGAGAAUAAAAGGGGAUGAAUUAUGUGUUGUUUGUGGAGACAGAGCAUCUGGAUACCAUUAUAAUGCGCUGACCUGUGAGGGGUGCAAAGGUUUCUUCAGGAGAAGCAUUACCAAAAAUGCCGUGUACAAGUGUAAAAAUGGGGGCAACUGUGUGAUGGACAUGUACAUGCGAAGAAAGUGCCAAGAGUGUCGCCUAAGGAAAUGCAAAGAGAUGGGAAUGUUGGCUGAAUGUAUGUAUACAGGCUUGUUAACUGAAAUUCAGUGUAAAUCUAAACGACUAAGAAAAAAUGUGAAGCAGCAUGCAGAUCAGACCAUUAAUGAAGACAGUGAAGGUCGAGAUUUGCGACAAGUGACCUCGACGACUAAGUCAUGCAGGGAGAAAACUGAACUCACCCCAGAUCAACAGAAUCUUCUUCAUUAUAUUAUGGAUUCGUAUAGCAAACAGAGGAUGCCUCAGGAAAUAACAAAUAAAAUUUUAAAAGAAGAAUUCAGUGCAGAAGAAAAUUUUCUCAUUUUAACUGAAAUGGCUACCAGUCAUGUACAGAUUCUCGUAGAAUUCACAAAAAAACUUCCAGGAUUUCAGACUUUGGACCAUGAAGAUCAAAUUGCUUUGCUGAAAGGGUCUGCAGUAGAAGCUAUGUUCCUCCGUUCAGCUGAGAUUUUCAAUAAGAAGCUUCCAGCUGGACAUGCUGACCUAUUGGAAGAAAGAAUUCGGAGGAGUGGUAUCUCUGAUGAGUAUAUAACACCUAUGUUUAGUUUUUAUAAAAGUGUUGCAGAAUUGAAAAUGACUCAAGAAGAGUAUGCUCUGCUUACAGCAAUUGUUAUCCUCUCUCCAGACAGACAAUAUAUAAAGGACAGAGAGGCAGUAGAGAAGCUUCAGGAACCACUGCUUGAUGUGCUACAAAAGCUGUGCAAGAUUUAUCAGCCUGAAAAUCCUCAACACUUUGCCUGUCUCCUGGGUCGACUGACUGAGUUGCGGACAUUCAAUCAUCACCAUGCCGAGAUGCUGAUGUCUUGGAGAGUAAAUGACCACAAAUUUACCCCACUUCUCUGUGAAAUCUGGGAUGUGCAGUGAUGAGCAUUGCAGGAGCAACAGCAUCUAGUGAUUUAUUUUCCUUAUAAUAUAAAUCUGAUGUAUAACUUUCUUUUAUUUCAUUUGUACCUGGUUUCACACAAGAAUUUUGAUGAAUAUUUAUGCAGUAAUUAUGUAACUUCUACCAUUGUAAAUAUGAAGCUAGAUAGGAUUACUUUCUUUACAUUGUAUUUUACAUGGCUUCAGGGAUUCUUUCACUAAGUGGCAUGCCCUGUUUGCCUAAUCAAACUGAUCAUUCUUCACUUCUAUCUUUUGAAAUGGGGAAAAUUUCAUUUUGCUCUUUAUCUUACCUUGUUGCAUAUAUUUUAUAAAAGAGUUGUGUUCAAUUUUGGCAAUAAACUCAGCAUAAUGGCAACAGGCUUUUCUUCCAGAACAAAAUUUGAAAAAUAUACAAACUCAUUUCUUUAAAUGGUCAAUGACAUCAUAUUGGGCCCGGGGAUGGGGUGAUGGAUAAACUCUCACAGCACAAAUGGUGUUCUUCUAAUCCCUGAAGAAGCUCUGGUGAAUAUUCAUUUAUUUGUAAUAGCCCUCAGAUUAUUUCAUUUGAAGUUCAAAGAGAUAGCACACAGAAAAGUUAAUGAUUCUCACGUGAAGUAUUCCCUCAAGCAAACCCUUUCCACAAUUAGGGUCUUGAAGCAGUAUUUACAAAUCCAGAGUAUGCAGAUAACUCCAGUGUUGGAAUAUUCCCUUUUCUCUCUUAAAAGUACUCACUAUUGGCUUCAGUGCAUAUAAUCAAUCUUUUUUUUUUUUUUUUUGGUUUGUUUUGUUUUGCUUUUGGAAAACACUCCUACAGCUGGGUGCACAGCUGUUGUAUGCUUCCCCCAAAGCAGGAAUUCCUUCAUUUCCUUCAUUCAUUGUUAUACUGUUGCAUUCUUCUCCCCAUUAUCCUUUGGUGAACACAAUAAAACACCUUCUGUAAGUAAUGGGUUUAUAUCUCCCUUUCUCCUGAAGUCAGUCAAAAUGAAGCUUUGCUUAGCAUGCUAAAGGUUUUUUGUGUUCAAAUAUUAGAGCAACCCUGAAGUCCUAAGCAUAGAGGAAAGAGGAAUGAGUUGGGGCUAGUACUAAUUGAAUUCCACUUGCUGCAACGAGACUUGAAUCCCCAUUAAGUAAAGAUCCCUAUAGGGACAAAGUAACUUCCAGGAGGGGUUUAUAAAGAAGUGCAGAGGCAAGUUUUAUGGGCUCACUGGGCAAGUCUUAUGGAGGUGGGAUUUCCCUUGGGCUUGGAAAGAUAGCCAGGACUUCCAUGGAUCAGGGUGAGAGGGAGGAGGAUUAAAAGUGGAAGGGGUGGCAGGAACAAAAGCAAAGGGUGGGGAGUUGUGCAGAUGUUAAAAAGCACAAGUAAUCUGGGGAGAGAUCUAGAGUGUACAACCCUUCUUGAGCCUCGGUUUCCCCAUUGUGAAAUGAAGAUACCAGCCCCUACCAUCUCAAGGGAUUUAGUUCCUGAAUGAAAAGGAAGUGGGAAGUUGCAGGCUCACCAAGGAAGAGGGCUGGUAAAGAAAGGACACUUAAGAUAGAGAAGUAAAUUUCUGAAUGCGUGAAAGAUGAGAUCCAGUUUAGGAAAGGAGUGUGGUUUGGUGUUUCUAGAUCACAAGGCAUCUGUACAGAAGGUGGUGAGAAAUGAGCUGGAAGGGAGAGAGCUAGGAGUUUCUCCUGUAAGUGUGGAUUUAUUCAUGUAGUUAAGACCUUGCAAUGGCAAAUAAUAAUGCUUGUCAUGUAGAAAACUGUGAUACAAUAAGAAAUACAUAUUGGUGCUUUGUCCCUGGUUCCUGACACAGAGCUUCUAACACCACUGAAAUUUCCUAACAGGGUGAAAGGAGCAUCUUUUGUUAUUCAUAACAAGCCCCUUUCAACCACACCCGAGUUUAUGCUAAUAAGGUGAUGGGGGGGGGGGCGGAAUCUAGAUGCUUCAGAAUGGGAGAUGUUUGCUAGAGGAACCAACCUUGUGAUUAGAGAGCUGGAUCUUUCAACCCCAUCCCCAGACUCUGAAGUGGGGAGAGGUCAAUUACCAGUGGCCAGGGAUUUAAUCAAUCAUGCCUGUGUAAUGGAUGUUCCAUAAAUAUCCCUAAAUGAUGGGUUUGGAGAGUUUUUUGGGUUGGUGCACACAUCAAGGUGCUGGGGUACAGGGUGCUGGAGAGAGCAUGGAAACACCAUGUUCUCUCCCCCACCCCCCAUACCCAACCCUGUGCCUCUUCCAUUUGGCUAUUAUUGAGUUGUACCCUUUAUAAGAAACCAGUAAUAGUAAAUAAACUGUUUCCAGAGUUCUGUGAGCCAUACUAGCAAAUUCUCAAAAUUGAAGAGGGAGUUCAUCAGUAAAGAUCUUAUUUACAAAUAAGUUCACAUUCUGAGGUUCCAGAUGGACAUGAAUUUGGGCGUGGGGGCACACUAUUCCACCCACUACAUAGAUAGAACAUUUUAGUAUUAAUCACAACUGUUGUUAUUGUAACAUUUUAUAUCAUUGAAUUACUUAUAUAUAUUUAUAAUAAUAUACAUUUCUUUAAGAUAAGCUAAAUGUUGUUUUUAAUGUAGUUGGUUCUCAAUAGACUAUCUGCUGGAUGAGUAGUUUAAUUGAUUGUGAAUAAAUCAAGACUUCCAUUGCCCCCAAAUUUUAUCCAGUACUUCACAUGAGACAUAAUCCAUAGAUUGACACCCAAAAAUAUCAAGACAUUAAAUGCAACAGCAGCUGCCACAAAAUGCAGAACAAAACAACUAAUCAAUCAAAACAAAACAAAACAAAACAAAACAAAAAAAGCAACAACUACGGUAUUCU